UAUUUUUAGUGUUUGGAUGUUCGUUGCUCGUCGUUUCUUUUUUUAGAAGACACUAUGAUUUCAUACUUGAUCCUUCUAAACCAUUCGUUACUAGCGGUGGUACAAAUGACGAAUUAACUUAUAAUGCUAUUAAAAAAAAAUUGCAUGCUGUAUUGUUAGAGAACUGGG